AUGCAUAGUCUACGUCCUGAUUAUCCUAUUAUUACAAUUCGUCGUUCUAAAUCAAAUUCAUCAGGUGUCUCAUCAGAAUUAAGUUCAUGUUUUUUUACUGAUGAUGAUACAAAUUUUAAUUCAUUUAAUGAAAGAAAAUUAACAAAUUGUGACUCAACAACAUACUCUGAUUUUGAGGGACAUAUGAAUUGUAAAAUUAAUUCAUUAAAUAAUUCUAGUAUAUCAGAAAUUGAAAUUAGGAAAAAAUUUUAUGAUAUUGAAGAUUAUCCAGUUAUUAAUAGAAAAAAAAUUAAAAAAACAUAUACAAUUGGAAGGAAUUCUAUAUAUAAUAAUACAAAAUAUGAUAAUAAUAUUGAAGGUAAUAUUUAUGAAAAUAUUAUAACAACAAAACCAAUCAUACCACCAAGAGUUAUUAAAAGACCAUUAAAAGAAUCAUCUAAUAAUAUGUUAGAUCAACAUACAAAAGUAUAUGGUAAUAUAGAUAGAGAAAUACCAUAUAAUGUAAAUAAUAAAUACAAUUUAAAAGAUGGUGAUAAUCCUCGAUCAACACCUGAUGAAUGUUAUGGUAGUGAUUCAAGUUCUGAUUUUAAUGAUGAUGAGACGCAAUUUAUGAAUAUAACUAAUAGAAUUAUAGAAAAUAUGGAAAAUGAUAAUACACCAGCACCAUAUUUAAAUGAUCUUAGAGAUAAAGAACCAUUUAUAUAUUCAAUGAUGGUUAUGAGAAUAUUAAAUAAUGCACGUGAAGCACAUUCUAAAAAAGUUGGUAAAUGUCAACAACAAAUAGAAAAUCUUCUUGAUAUACCACAUCUAUUUGAUUUACAUUGUUUUAAUGAUGAUAAAACAUGGAAUGCAAAUACAAAAAUUUUUGGAGGUCAAAUAGUUGAUCAUCUUGGAGUAAUUAAACGUGUAUCAAAAAAAGAUUAUGAUGAAAAGACAAGGAAAUUAUAUAAAAUCCUUCGUGAUGUUAAAGAAAAAAGUUUUGUUAGGGUUGCAGUUGGAAAGAUUACAGCACAACUUAGAAAAUUAUUUUAA